AUGUGUGAUUGUCAAAAUUCACGACCAAGCAAGAUGCAGCGCAUCGAAGGCGAAGCCUCGCAAGAUGUGAAGGACAACCAUGUGGCUGUCGAUAGCUCCAGUGCAGUGGAAACGCCAGCCCGCCCGGAGAAUCCAGCAUUGCAGGGUGUACAGCCUUUUGGCGCAUCCCGCUACAGUGACUUUUUGAGCAAUGUGUCGAACUUCAAGAUCAUUGAAUCGACUCUUCGUGAGGGUGAGCAGUUUGCCAAUGCCUUCUUCGACACGGAGACCAAGAUUCGAAUUGCCAAGGCCCUAGACAACUUUGGCGUCGAUUGCAUUGAACUGACAUCGCCAGCGGCCUCGGAGCAGAGUCGCAAGGACUGCGAGGCCAUUUGCAAGCUGGGUCUGCGCACCAAGGUCAUCACGCACAUCCGCUGCCACAUGGACGAUGCACGGAUCGCCGUCGAAACAGGUGUAGACGGCGUGGAUGUGGUCAUGGGAACAUCCAAGUUCCUCCGUGAGUACUCGCACGGCAAGGACAUGACGUACAUUACAAAGGCAGCUGUCGAAGUGAUCAACUUUGUGAAGAGCAAGGGAAUUGAGAUCCGUUUCUCAACGGAAGACUCCUUCCGCUCUGAUCUGGUUGACUUGCUAAGCAUUUACCAGGUUGUCGACAAGGUGGGCGUGAACCGUGUGGGCAUUGCCGACACGGUAGGCGUCGCGAAUCCACGCCAGGUGUACGACCUUGUGCGUACGCUUCGCGGAGUCGUCGGCUGUGAUAUUGAAUGCCAUUUCCACAACGACACUGGCUGCGCCAUCGCCAAUGCGUACACAGCGUUGGAGGCUGGUGCCACACACGUCGACACAUCCGUACUGGGCAUUGGUGAGCGCAACGGUAUUCCGAGUCUGGGUGGUUUCAUUGCACGCAUGUAUGCAGCUGAUCGCGACUAUGUGAUGAAGAAGUACAACUUGAAGGCACUUCGUGAGGUGGAAGACAUUGUUGCUGAUGCAGUGCAAGUGCAGAUUCCCUUCAACAACCCAGUAACAGGCUACUGUGCCUUUACGCACAAGGCGGGUAUUCAUGCCAAGGCCAUCCUUGCCAACCCCAGCACGUACGAGAUUCUGCGGCCGGAAGACUUUGGUAUGAGCCGCUACGUGUCGAUUGGCCACCGUCUCACUGGCUGGAAUGCGGUGAAGAGCCGUGCGCAGCAGCUGGGUCUGGACCUGACAGAUGAGCAGGUCAAGGCUGCAACGAACCGUAUCAAGGUCAUGGCCGACAUCAAGGACCAGACUAUGGAAGAUGUUGACUCAGUUCUGCACGUGUUCCACCGUGCGAUCAAAAAUGGACAGGACGUCAGUCACGAUGCGCUGUUUGACAAGUUGUUUGAACAGCACACGCGGACGCGUGGCCAGGAUGCUAUUGCUGCGGAAGGAGAGAAGUCGGCGUAA